AUCCGAGGAAUGAAAGACCGCUGCACCAGAACCCGGAAGUGCGCCAGUGUUUGAAAGAUGGCGGAUGUUCCAAGUGAUGCACCAGAGCACUGUCCGGGCACAAGCAGUGACCAAGCUGGGAAAACUUCUGCAUGUCAGGGAUGUCCAAACCAAAAUAUAUGUGCGUCUGGUGCUGCCAAAGACCCUGACCCUGCUAUAGAGGAAAUCAAACAGAAGAUGAUGUCUGUGAAACACAAGAUUCUAGUUUUGUCUGGAAAAGGUGGUGUUGGGAAGAGCACAUUCAGUGCACAUUUAUCUCAUGCCUUAGCUAGUGAUGACUCCACAGAGGUAGCGCUGCUAGAUGUGGACAUUUGCGGACCAUCUAUACCAAAGAUAAUGGGAUUGGAGGGUGAACAGGUUCAUCAAAGUGGCUCUGGCUGGUCUCCAGUGUAUGUGGAGGACAACCUGGCCAUCAUGUCCAUUGGUUUCCUGCUCAGUAGUCCAGAUGAUGCUGUUAUCUGGAGAGGGCCAAAAAAGAAUGGCAUGAUUAAACAGUUCCUGAGAGAUGUGGACUGGGGAGAAGUGGACUAUCUGAUUGUAGACACGCCCCCAGGAACCUCGGAUGAGCACCUGUCCAUUGUGCAGUACCUCAGCGGCGCUGGCAUUGACGGCGCUGUGAUCAUCACCACUCCUCAGGAAGUGUCUUUGCAGGACGUGAGAAAAGAGAUCCGAUUCUGUAAGAAGGUUAAUUUGCCGAUCAUAGGUGUGAUCGAAAACAUGAGUGGCUUUAUUUGCCCUAAAUGCAAGAAUACAUCGCAGAUCUUUCCUCCAACUACAGGAGGGGCAGAAAGGAUGUGUGAAGAUCUAAAUCUCCCUCUUCUGGGCAAAGUACCUCUGGAUCCACGGAUAGGAAAAAGCUGUGAUGAAGGAAAGUCUUUCCUGACUGAAGUUCCAGACUCUCCUGCAGCAAUGGCUUAUCACAGUAUAGUGCAGAAAAUCAAAGAUUACUGUUCUCAUACCCUGUCAGAUGAUCCUUGACGCAGUUUUUGGUGGUGGGGUAUGAAUUCGCAAAUCAGUGUCUAAUGAUUGGUCAGUCAUGAAAAAAGUCAUGAUAAGCAAUCAUCUGAUCAAUAUACAUGGUCACUUUUGAAAAUCAUGAAAGUGAUAUCCUAAAAUAAUUCUGAUGUGAAACCGUGUGCACCCACUUCCUAGAAAAAGAUUUUGAAAACAUGACAUUUAAGUUAUUUAAGUUCUUUUCAAAAAUCUUUAUCUACUUAAUUGUCUAAAAUAGUUUUGAAUGAUGUUAAGAGUCUAUAAUAAAUACCACAAAGAGUUUUACUCUAAUACUAGUCUACAAUCAAUAAAGAUAAAUAUGAUAGAAGUAUAAUUAUAACUAUUAUAAAACUGACAUUGAACUUGGGUACUACAAUAGCAUUUCUUAUGCAUCAUACCAUAAAUAGCCCUUAAGUUUAAUUAUGUUGUAAAUGCUUUGUUCAGAUUUGCUAAUAAAUUUCUUAAGAUAAAAAUU